AUGGACAUGAACCAGCCCAUUUUUCCGGCUCCGCCUGGAUAUGUUGUCAAUUUGGAUAACCCCCAGAGAACGGGUGAGGCUGCCAACUUCUGGGUUGGAACCUCGGGCAUGAUUGUUGCCGCCAUCUUCAUGGCUACACGAGUCUAUACAAAGACAAAGCUUGCGAAGAACUUUACACCAGACGAUGGUAAGCUCAGUCAAGCCCCUCUCAGAAUGCUUCAAGGCCGCUACUAUGACUUCCCGUAUCUGACUAGAUCAACAGUAGCGUUGCUCAUAGCUUGGUGUUUCUCCAUCGCAAUACAAGUCCCCAUUCUAUUUCAAUAUGGCCGAGGCACUCUCGGCGUCCACAUCUGGGAACUGACAGGCCAUCGAGUCAACUCUACAAUGAACUUGAUCAGCGUAGCAAGCAUACUCUACUGUCCUUUCCUCGCCAGCGCCAAGCUCUCCCUCCUCUUCUUCUACCUCCGACUAUCGCAUAUACAAUGGUUCAGAUUGUGUGUCUACGCAAGCAUGUUCCUCGUCGUUGGGUAUAACAUUGCACUUGUCUUUCCGCUCAUCUUCGCCUGUACACCUUUCAAGAGGAACUGGGAUGUAACCAUUACGGAAGGAAGCUGUAUUGACAGGACACCUCUUUACAUGGCAACAGCGGUAUUGAACAUGGCUACGGAUAUCCUGCUGCUUGUUUUGCCUAUACCGAUGGUGGUUAAGCUACAGAUGCCAAGGGCUCAAAAAGCGGGACUGAUAUGUAUCUUCGGCGUAGGAUCGCUGACGUGUAUAACAAGUGCAGUGCGCCUGGCCCUCCUCUUCCCCAUGCUUCAAACCAUUGAUCAAACAUGGGCGAUCGUCAUGCCAGGUAUCUGGAUGUAA